ACAUCACUCCUGGCGGAGACGCGAUCCUCUCGGGGCCUUGGUGCUUCGCAGCAUGUUGUCGGGCACAGUAGUUGGAUUUCAUUCGACCGUAGUCUCGUCUCUAUUGCGCCCGUCCACGGGCUUGGCUCACGCCACCGAACUCGCCGCUGUUCGAUCGAGGACGGAGCGCCCGACCGGCGGCCAUUCCGUGCACGCCCGCGGACUGACGGACACUCGCACCGAUGGGUGGGCCUGGAGUGCUCGAGAGGAACGAUGGAUACUAGAUCCUAGAUACUAGAUACUAGAUACUAGAUGCUAGAUGCUAGAUGCUAGAUACUGCUCCAUGGUCUCCACACAGAGAGUGCGCGACGGAACGCAGGUCUCGGGUCAUCCGUCUGGAGAUGCUCGUCCGGGUGGCUGUGACAUUCCUGCCAUGUGCGACACAUGCCUGGCUUUUGCUCCACCCUGCGCGUGUGGCGGUGCCCUCUCGCCUGCAUGGGCGACAUCAUGCAUAUGCACGACAGGCCUUUCUGGGCGUCGACACUCGUUUGGGAAGGCGCAUGGGAGGAGAAAAGAAAGCGGCAGAGGGAGUCUAUCCAAUGACGGCUCUGGGCACGGUGGGACUACACCGUCGCUACAGUAUGAAAGCUGGGCGGGGCGGUGUUUCUUUCACACCGGUCGCUCCCAGAGGCACUCCAUCGGGGCGAGCGAUCGAGACAGGCGUGGCAGGGUUGGGAGAAAGACCAAUAGCCGAGCACUGCCGCAUCGAGAUAGUCGCAUGUCGCCCUCCAUCGAUUGACCCUUCGCCCGAGAGAACGUGCGGAACCCGCUCGAACUUGCCACGAGACGCCGCCUUUCGUCAGUGGAGGCCAUGGGGGGUGUCCAGCACGUCCCAUCUGCCUCUCCACGGGAACCUCGAUCACGAUUUCCACCCAACCUCACGUCACAGGAAGAUAUUCCAGUCCUAGGUAGGGAUCAUCCCGGCGACCUCAGGUUUUCCGUAGACGACCGAGUGAGACGGGAGGCUGCUGCGGCUCGUCCUCUGAGCAAGGGACGCCGUGUGCAGAAUGCUGUCUUCUGUCUUCGCGGGCAGCGAGUCAGCGCGAGAGUGAGGGUUGCGACGACCACGCACAGUCGCUCCAGCGUGUGGACGACAUUAUCCCGAUGCGGGCGAGGGGCUGCCCUCGUGGCUAGCUGAGAACCUCGCGCGGACUGCCGACCUAUCGAAACUCUAAAAACACCAGAGCGGCCCUGCAGCCCACCGUGCCCAU